CUGCAGUUAACUUUUGUUUCGAUUGCAGCUGUCACCAUUAGGGAAAUGUUGGUCCAAAGGUCAGUAAUGACAACCCACUCCCACUGUAGUUUACAACCCUGCCUCACUCCAGAAGAGACAGCUCGAAGACAAGCAGCAAGAUGAGGCACUUGUUGUUUUUGGCUUUAGUUUUUGCUGCAUUUGAAAUCAGCAAUUCGAUUCCAGAUUUCUGUCAAUUGGAGCAUGAUGAAGGCGAAGGCACAAGCUUUACCUUCUCUCUAUUUUACGAUCCUGUCAAAGAUCAGUGCAACCCUUUCCUAUACAAAGGCCAAGGAGGAAAUGCCAACCGAUUCCUGAAUGAAAGAGAGUGCAUAAGAAACUGUUCCGCCAAUGUAGACAGACUGUACCCCAUGGAUGUGUCCCAAGCUUGCCACUUCAAACAUGCUGUUGGUGAGUGCAGUGGCAAGUUUUUGAGGUAUUACUACGAUUCUGUCCACAACAAAUGCAAAAGGUUCCUUUGGUCUGGAUGCAUCGGAAACGGAAACAGAUUUUUUGACCAGGCCAGCUGCAAUGCCACCUGUGAGGGCAUCCACGAUGACGGGAAUGAAGCUGAGGAGGAAGAACCGGACACUCCUAUUGCAAUAAUCUGUGGAGUUCUGCUUGCCCUCAUUGUUGCGUCUAUCAUCAUAACUGUGACUGUCUUGACCAUUCAGUCAAAGAAAAAGAACUCCAAGAACGGGGCAGCAGGGAAAAGAAAAGACCCCCAGUCUGGCUCACCUCUACAAGUUGAGAAGGACAUAGAAAUGUCAUAGACACCUCAAUGGCAACAUGCAAAGUUACCAUUAAAUUGGAUUUGUAUUAUAAUUAUACAGGCCUUGAUACUUAACAUAACACUUAAUCACAGUUCAAUUUAGAUUUUUUUUAACUGACAUAUAUAAUAGCUACAAUUGCAUUGCAAUUUUGAUCAAUUUUGUAUUUUAUCACCUACCACUUCUGCAAAGUGAUGUUUUUUUAAGUUGAAUUUUUCCUGGGAGCUUUCAUUCAGCAAUCCAAAAUAAAUCUAAUAAGCCAUUGUGUAAUCAAAAGAAACCAGAUUUAAAAUCUUAGUAAAUUAAUUGAUUUGUUUGUUUGAUUAGAAAACCUUUCUAAUUUGGUAAUUGAUUGUUGUUCCAGGAAAAAUGUCAAAGGUUUCCUUUAUUCUAGCGUUUUAGUUGUUUAGCUGCUUUUUUCUGCCUUAUCUGAUUGUAAAAUGAAAAUAUUUUAUGACUGUUGCUGGGACAAAACAAGUUAGGAUCCAGGAAGUUGUGAUGACUGGUUUUAGAAAGGAUUUCUCAAAAAUUCUAUAGACAUAAUUAAUAAUUAGUGCAGCCUUAAAAUAUACACCUAUAGUAACUUUAAGGGGAAAUAUUUCCAUUUAAAGCAAGUAGUUUUGUUUUUAUGACAAACACACAAGUAUAAACAAAAGCAGAACUACAUGAUUACAAGUUUGGGUACUAUUCUGCUUGUGAAUGACCACCUUUAAUUCUUUGAAAGGAUAGUCUUGUAACCAUUUGUAUGUUUCCAAAACACAACUGCAUUAAUACUUGGCUCAUAGAUGUGCAGAUUAAUGUCUGAAGUCUUCUGUAGGGACGUCCUUAUUGUAAACCCAACUCAUUAGAGCUGUUUUUGUGGAGUGAUGUCCACACACACUUUGUGAUUAUGUGUACCUAAAUGCUCAGCAUUUGUGAAUCUUUUGUUUUAGUCUGCAAAAAUUUCAAUAUAAAAGUGUCAAAAAACACAUUUUACAUUUCUCACAUGUAUUCUAAAACAUAUGGCUGUGAUGUCAAAUGGCCAUGCUUUGUAUUUUGGAUAAUAAAGCAGUUUUGCCGAACAAAACAAUUGAAGGUCAUACUUUAUUAAAAGAUGUUUCAAUGCAGUUUGUGAUGUAUAAAUUCAUCUAAUAAUUAAUGAUCAUCAUUAUAACCUUGUAUAACCUUUUACACGGUACCUCUUUAAAAUAAAUGACUUUCCUUC